AUGGAGGGUGACAAAUUUGACGUAUCAGGUGUUGCAGUUGAUGAGUUGUCGCGCGACGCCACCGCUCUCGCCUGCAACGACCUUGAUCCCUGUGAGUGCGGCGCACACCUGCGCACACAUACGCAACUGAGUUACCGGAUGAGUUCCGCUCGCAGAAAGAAAGAUAACCAUAACGCCCUUGGUAUUCAAUGCAAGUUAUCAAUCACCAUUCAGCGGACAGGCCUCCCCUAUCCGCUUGCCUCAGUAAAUUGGCAUUUAAAGCGGCGGAAGGAUCUAGAGGGGGUGGAAAAGGCGGUCUGGCCUCCGACUCUCGCCCAUGUCGCUGCCAGGUCGAGCGACCUUGAUUUCACACAGUACUUACGGCAGCCAAGUUACACCCAAUCAGCAUCAGCCAAAGUUUCGCGGCUCCGACCUGGUAACAGUGUCAGAACGCAUUUCAAGCGCGCAAUUUCCAUUAUCGAGUCCGACGUCGCUGAUUGGGAGCUCAUAUAUCUUUAG